GUAAACAGAGCAGCAGUAAUGGCCUCUGACUCAGGACUACCGGCAGUUUCUUCUCAAAAUCUGGGAAUAACAAUAGCUAUAAUAUCAAGUUUCAUUAAUGGGUCGACAUUUGUGCUGCAGAAAAAAGGGAUACUACGUUCCCGCCACAGAGGAAGGUCGUACCUCACAGAUGUGGUGUGGUGGAGUGGGACACUGUGUAUGAUUACGGGUCAGGUUGGUAAUUUCCUGGCAUACAAUGUGGCCCCUGCGGUGGUAGUUACUCCUCUGGGAGCCCUGGGAGUGCUGUUUGGGGCUGUGUUGGCCUCCUGGAUCUUGAAAGAGCAUUUAAGCAUCCUGGGGAAGCUCGGCUGUGUUUUAUGCUGCUGCGGCUCUGUGGUGCUCAUCAUUCACGCCCCGACAGCAGAGGCAACUUCAAGGCUCGAGUUGGAGGACAGGCUCCUCGACCCAGUGUUUGUCACGUACGCCCUUGUGGUGGUCCUGCUGCUGAUCAUUCUCAUCGUGUGGGUCGCUCCGGCUCAUGGCACAUCAAACAUCAUGGUGUACGUUGCCAUAUGUUCCUUGCUGGGAAGCUUCACAGUGCCGAGCAGCAAAGGCCUCGGCCUGGCGCUUCCGGACGCUUUCGGCGAGGGCCCAUCAAGCAGCAGGGCUCGGGCGCUCUUCCUGGGCUUGCUGGGCACGCUGGCUGUCAGUAUCCUCACACAGUUCUUCUUCAUCAACAAGGCGCUGGAGUGUUUCAGCUCCAACAUAUUUGAAGCGAUUUACUAUGUGACGUUCACGUCCACCGUGAUUUUAGCUUCUGGUCUUCUCUUUAAGGAGUGGACCGCGCUGACUAUAACAGACAGCCUCGCCAUACUGUGUGCUUUAACCACGGUGUGCGUCGGUGUUGUUUUACUGCACAUUUCCCAGGAGGCGCUGAUUACGUGGAAGAAAAAAGAGGAAAAGUCAGACUGAUUCAGAUGUCUUUUAAUCCUUUACAUCGCGUCUGUGCCAAACUUGAGUUCCUGAGACUUUUUUCUACCUCCAGUUUGAAUGACCAAAACAACAUAAGAUAUAUAAUUAGUUUAUUUUAUCUUAAAUAUGUUUGAAGUAACACUAGAUAUGAUAUAUCUCAUUAACCCUCAAUCAGCCGAAUUAUCUUAUGACACCUUUUAUUUUAAAGAAGAUUAUAUUUUUAAUGUUUCUCUCUGUGUUUCUAAUGCCUUUAUCUACGACUGAGUGAACUUUAACAAACUCUAAAUCAACAUCUGGUUUGGGGAUAUGGAAUUCAAAGAUUUUGUACAGAAACAUUAAAAAUCAGGGUCCCUCUUUCUGCUCUCCAUGUGUUGUCCACGAUUCACUGUAAAAUAUCACAGUUUAAUGAAAAGAAGCAGAAAAUUUCAAACAUAUCAAAGCCUGCAAUGUUAAAAACCACCUUCCAUUCUCCUCAUCACAACAGUGGUCCAAAUCCUGUUUUUGUUUCUUUUGUUUUUUAAAAUGGGAAAAAAAAAAAAAGAAAAGUUGGAGGACGUGUAGACUGACUGAACAUUUUCAUGCUUGAAAAUAUCUCAAGAGCACUGGAGUCAUAAAUGAGGCAUUUCAUUACAAGCUUAAAUGUGGUCUGAGGACCGACAGUUAAUUUGUCACUGUUGUGUAAAUAACUGUGCUUCCUUUCCUCCAGAGUCUUGCCCAUCAGGCUUUUACAGGCUGUCUCAGUUCUUAGAAUCACCUCCGUGAGUUCAGGCCGCCUGUAAAUUAUUGAAGGUAACUCCAUAGCUCCCUCUUCAGCUGUGUGGAGGACGACUGAGUAUUCUGUGCAAAGGAGAAUUUUGUAACAUAUUCCUUCUCUUCUGUGGCCACUCGCUGUUU